AUGUAUGAUUCACUUGAGCCGACUAUCGGAAUCCCACCAAUCCUCAAACCUUCAUUGUCCAGCAGCGAUGAGGAAGUCUCUGACAAGAAAAAGUCUCACAAGAAGCGACUCAAAAUCUGGCGAUUCUUUUCUCAUUACCAUCACAAGAAGCACCCCAACAAAGACACAAAACAAGCUACAUGUUUACUGGAUGAGCACAUUGCAAAGAUCACAACUCUGAAUGAGUACGCCAAAGAGCACCUGGCAGUCAACCUUGAAGAAGAAGCAUUCCAGAGCCUGCUAGAGGCAAAUGAAUGGGAUAUGAAAAAAGCCAUUGUCGAUCUGGAAGACUAUCAAGAAGCCGCUCAUGGUAUUCUCAGACCUCUGCCAAAAUCUGAGACACAGUUACUGGGCAGUGAGAACGACAAAAACACUAGUUGCUAUAUCGACAGUCUGCUGUUUGCCAUGUACGCAAACAUGACUACCUUUGAUCCUCUCCUGACUUAUGAUACAACCUCCGAUGUUGUCGAGAAACAAAAGCUCCAGGCCCUUUUGCGAUUGUUUGUCAAUACACUGCGCAAAGGACAUUUAGUCAAAGGGGAUUCUGUGCAAUGGCUACGAAAAGUAUUGCAGGACUGUGCAUGGCAUGGUCAGAAUAAGGAUGGGGUGUGGACUCAGGAAGACGCUAGCGAAUUUUUUAUGUUCCUUACUGAAACUUUUGAUUUGCCCUUUAUUCCGUUUCAAAUCCGCUUAUUCCACGGAGCCAACAAGGACUCUGACGACGAUCGUGUGAUGACAGACCGACUUCUAAUGCUUAGUCUUCCAGAUAGCGAUGGCAGAAACAAAUCUGUACAGCUAGAAAGUGUGCUUAUCAACCAUUUCUACAACAGCAUGGUAACCGGAGUUAAGCGGCAGAUCGAUUAUAGUGCUUAUGCGAUCUCUCCUCAAAGCACAAGUAACUAUCUCAUGGAUGAUGUUCCAGAAGAAAAGAAAUUGAAGGAGAAGAUUAGAAAGGACAAAGAGAGGCAGAAUAAGGAAGCGAAAGAUCAUCAGGAAGAAGUUGAUGUAACAGCCUGGCAGGUUCUUGAACUUUUGCCGUUCUACAGUGCAACGAAUGAACAAGGAACAUCCAUAAAAACACAGGCUGAGAACUCCUUCCCGGAUUCCAACAUGAUCCUGCCAAUUGUACUGAAGCGAUAUAAGUAUGAUAAAUUUGGUGGCUGUACCAAACUACAUACUCAGGUCGAAAUUCCGGCAACUGUUCCAUUCAACGAAUUCGUAAAUCAGAAUGCAGAUGCCCCAGUGUGCCCCACUUGUAACAAGCAAAUAGAGUUUGUGAUGCGCCUUAGAAGCGCAGUGUGUCACAUUGGAUCCUCACCUAACUCUGGCCACUACAUUGGAUUUGUGCGUCUGGGUAUCGAAGACGAAUCUGACUGGCUGAAGCUGGAUGAUAUGGAUGUAAAUCAACGAGUGCGAACCAUCAAAGGAAAGAAUUCCGCAGAAGUGUUCCGUGAACUAUCCAAGAAUUCAUAUAUCCUAUUCUAUGAACUCGACAAGACUUGCGGGCACCCUGUAGACGCUAGCAUUGCCGCACAUACCAGAUUAAGAGACGAAAAAAAGGCUCUUGCUGAAAAAGAAUAUUUUGAACAAAUCUCACCUAUAGACGGCAAUGCAACUAAUCAUCAUCACCAUAGUCAUAAUAGUCAGUACUCUAACCAAAAGAUUAAAGAGCAACGUAAUCCUGCUUGUAAUCUCAUGUAA